AUGAGGAAGUCGGGGACGCUCGAAACACGAAAUGGAUUUCCUGACGGCGCCCUCAGCCUCACAGCGGAAAAGUUCGCGCCGCCACCGCCACGGACGUGUGCUUUCGAAACGCUAUUUCCUGUAACGACGCCAUUCCCGGUGAAGACGGUGAAGACGAUAUUCCGGGUAAAGACUAUUCUGGGUGAAGACGCUAUUCCCAGUGAAGACGGUGAAGACGCUAUAUUUCUUGUGAAGACGCUAUUCCGCGUGCAGACGCUAUUCCCGACGCUAUCCGCUGAAAAGACGCUAUUCCGGGUGAAGGCGCUAUUCAUUGUGAAGACGAUAUUCCGGGCGAAGACGCUAUUCCAUGUGAACACGCUGUUCCUUGUGAAGACGCUAUUCCUGGUGAAGACGCGAUUCCUUGUGAAGACGCUAUUCUGGGUGAAGACGCUAUUCCAGGUGAAGACGCUAUUCCUUGUGAAGACGCUAUUCUCUGUGAAGACGCUAUUCCCGGUGAAGACGCUAAUCCGGGUGAAGACGCUAUUCCGGGUGAAGACGCUAUUCCGGGUGAAGACGCUAUUAACGCUACUCCGGGUGAAGACGCUAUUCCCGGCCAUCAACGCUGUCACCGUGGGGUCGAUGACGUUCGUCGACAUAUUCCACCGCCCAGAGCUGAGCAGGUGGUCCUUCGUCGGCGGCCGCUGA